GUGGAGUGACGUCACGCGGGAGGCCUCGUGUGGAGUGACGUCACGCGCGGGACGCACAUUCUUGACUUGUAGUAAAAUAGCGGCUGCUGCUGACUAUUGUACUUCUGAAGGGGAUUUUUUUUUGGCAGGUGAAAUAUUUUAACGCGUGAAGUAAAAUGAAGUUUCCCGUCAACCAAGUUAAAUCGUUAAUAUUAAUGAAAGUAUUACACAUUUGAUUAUAGCGACUGCAACGGUGACCGAUUGUAGAGUUUCCCGUCGGUGACUCGCGCGCCGUGGUUGCCAUGGUAACGGUCGAAUUUGGCGGCAAAGUUGAAAAAUAAAAGUUAAAGUUGAAAAGUUUCAACGGACACAAAACGCACACAAAUACCGGGAGCUCGGCCUCCCCGUGCCGUGUCGGUCUCCGGGGGCUAUUCUGCCAUACUUCACCACGCAGGUAACUGCGGGUUGGUGAACGUAGCGGGAUCGCAAAAGGGAGUUGAGCCAUCCUACAUUUGUCUGGAGCUGUCGACCCUCAAAUCACAGCAAUGGAGGCGGUAACCAAGGACUUGGGAGAGGCUCUUCCAAUAUACCAUCCCAUUGUGCACGUGGAGGUCAUCCAGAAAUCCGACAGCACGGCAAAGAUGGAGGUCGUGGUGUCACACGUGAUGGAGCUGCUGAAGAGGCACCCGGUGGUGAUGUCUGACAUGUCUUGGGACUCGUUUGAAGACAGCUUCCUCCAAACCCACGUCCGGUUGGUGUCCAUCACGGACUUGGACCUGGAGUUCAAUCACCAAAAGAUGGUGGAGCUAGUGAAGACACCUGUGGAGGUGCACGUGAUGCAGCUGAAUGACGAUGGCCCAUCCAUGGAGGAGCUGAACCAGGGUGACGAUAAUCUCCCUGCAGCCCAGCACUGGAUCCUGCCUUCAACCGAAUUCCAUGGACUUUGGGAAAGUCUGGUCUACGAUUCCGAGAUUAAACUGCAGCUGCUCAAUUACGUGAUGACGACACUGCUGUUCUCGGACAAGAACGUGAACAGCAACGUCAUCUCCUGGAAUCGCGUGGUCCUCCUGCACGGACCUCCGGGCACGGGAAAGACGUCGCUGUGUAAAGCCCUGGCACAGAAGCUCUGUAUAAGGCUGUCGAAAAAGUAUCGAUACGGGCAGCUGAUUGAGAUUAACAGCCACAGCCUCUUCUCUAAAUGGUUCUCAGAGAGUGGCAAGUUGGUGAUGAAGAUGUUUCAGAAGAUCCAGGAGAGUAUCGACGACCAGGAGGCCCUCAUCUGCGUGCUCAUUGAUGAGGUGGAGAGCCUGACUGCGUCGCGCUCCGCGUCGCACUCGGGAACGGAGCCGUCGGACGCGAUCCGCGUGGUGAACGCGCUCCUCACCCAGAUCGACCAGAUCAAACGGUACUCCAAUGUGAUCAUCUUGACGACGUCAAACAUCACAGGGAAAAUCGACGCAGCCUUCGUCGACCGUGCUGACAUCAAGCAGUACAUCGGGCCCCCCUCAGUCAUGGCCAUCUACCAGAUCUACCUGUCGUGCCUCGUCGAGCUCAUUAACAAGGGCAUCAUCUGUGCAGAUCAACUGCUGAGCUUCCGGCAGCUGGAGAUGAUGCAUUUUGUGGAAACGGGCAUGUCGAAGUCCAGCCUGCGUCUCCACACCAUCGCUGAAAAGAGCCAGGGCCUGAGUGGAAGGGUCCUGCGGAAACUCCCCUUCAUCGCUCACGCACUCUAUGUUAAGGAAUGUGUUCCUGUGAUGGAUAGACGUGGAUCCUGCCCCUUCCCCAUGCCAGAGAAAUUCCAGCCACUGCCUCAGGAAUCCACGACGACACUGUCAUGCUUCCUGGACGCGUUGUCGCAGGCCGUCGAUCGUCAGUUCACCGAGCGUGCCAAUCUCGCCUAGCGGACUCGUAAUUCCGGCCACAAAUUACGGGAACCGUGAACGGACACUGCCGCAUUCGGGAGGUAGCUGCGGGUGUCCAGUUACCACGUGGCUGGAUGACCAUGAUGAAGUCGUCCGUUUUUUUUUCUCUCGUGUCGUCAUUUAAAAUCUGUAACAAUCUUAUUAAUUUAAUCCUAUUUUUUUCAUUUAGGGGUUGUCCAGUGCAAUAAUGGACAUUUGUUGAAAUGCUUUUAUAAAAUGCAAUUAAAACGACUUGUGCACCAAA